AUGGGCAUGGGAAAGGAGAAAGAAAAUAAAUAUACAGAAGAAAAUAAAGUUUUGAAAGAAAAGAAUGAUGAGCUUCAAAAGGAAUUAAAACUGAAUAAAGAAGCAUUAACAAAAACAAUAUCCCAGUACAGUGGACAAGUAAAUGUUCUGACAACUGAGAAUGAAAUCCUGAGCUCUAAAUUCAAGAAUGAAAAACAAAAAGAGACACUAGAGACAGAAAUUGAAUCAUACCGUUCCUGUCUGACUUCUGCUAUUUGUGAUCAUGAACAAAGUCAGAUAUCAAAACUGGGCCUUGAACAUAGCUUUCAGCAAGAACGCAAUAAGUGGUUUUGUUUACAGGACAAACUAAGUCAUGACUUGUCUAGUCUAAGAGAGAGGAAUGGUGUCCUUUCUCAAGAGCUCUCUAAAGCUGAAAGUAAAGCCAGUAGUUUAGAAAAUGAACUACACCAUGUACAUGAUUCUGUCAGAGAAAAGCCACUAAUUUCAGAAAGCACACAGACAGAAUUAAACCAGGCCCAAUAUAAAGCAAAGGAACUGGAAGAGACAAAUCAAAUGAAAAUGAAAAAACUGAACACAUAUGUCAUCAAAGAAGAAUGUAUCCAAGAAAGAUUAGCCCAAAUCCAGAGUGAAAAUAUGUUGCUUCGGCAACAGCUUGAAGAUGCCCAAAACAAAGAAGUUCUUAAAGAAAAGGUAUUGAAUGAUGCCCAGGUACAUUUUAUUGAUCUCUUCAAUAAAAAAUAAAAUAAAGAGUUAAUCAGUGAAUGUAACCACUUAAGAGAACAAAUGUGUAAAUAUGAAAAUGAGAAAGCAGAAAGAGAGGAUACAGUAAAAAAGCUUCAACAAGAACUUGCUGAUUCAAACAAGCCAUCCAUGUCAGAAGCUUCACUACAGGUUACAUCACUUUUUCAAAAUAAUUUAGAAGAUAUGAAAAAACUACACAACGAAACAGAUCAGACCAAAAGUAAAGUUAAUACUGAAAAGGAAAAAUUUAAGAAACUCAUUGAGUUUCUGAAGUUUCUGGAAAAUUGUCUAGAACAAGAAAUGAAGAGAAAUCAUGAAUUGCAGGAAGACCUCAGUGGAUUUAAAAAACUAUUGAAAACAACACAAAAGAAAUUAAGAGAAUAUGAAAAAGGAGAUGUUGUUUACGAGGGGGGAUGCAUGCAAACACCUUCUGAAAAGGAUAGACUAAUAGGUAUUGAAGACCUUUCACAGCAAUUGAAAGCAGCAUCUUCAAAAUGUAAACAGUUGGAAUCAACUAAUUGGAGUCUUCAAGAAGAGUUAUUUUCUAUGAAAAGCUUACAAAGGAAUUGUGCCAAGCUGGAAGAAGAAGUAGUUAAUCUUAGGGAUCCUUUGGAAAUUACUAAGCAAGAAUGCAGUCAAAUAGCACGAUACAAACAUGAGACUGAAGAAAGAGCAAGGAAGAUACAAGCAGCAUCCCAAGAGAACUUAGAACAAUUAAGAGAAAAUAACAAUGCUUCCCUAAGAAACCAAAUGGAACAACAAAUUAGAGAUCUGGAAACUGAAAUCUCCAAAAUGAAAAACUCAAGUGAAGAGUCUGCUGAGGCAGAGCUACAGAGAUACAGACAGCUUUAUUCUGAAGAAUUAAAAAUCAGAAAAUCCUUGUCAGACAAAUUAGCCAGAAAUAAUGAGAGGCUAACUGAGGUGAGUCAUCAACUCCAGAAAGAAAAACAGAAGAAUGAAAUUUUAAUCACCAGUUUUACUACAAGUCCAGUUCUGGAGCUACCACAUGUUGCAGAUAUUAGUACCAGUAUGUUCCUCAGGAGAAGUCUUAUUUCCAGAGGAAAUUUAGGAUAUUCUACUAGAAGUACCAUGUCUUCAGAAAGCAGCUUGGAGGCCUACUUGGCAAGGGUUAGUCAUUUAGAAUUUUUUUCUUCCUUUGUGUCAAAGAUAUAAUGUAAAAUAUUCAUCUUAGUGAAAUUUCCUGCUUUAGUGUUUUUGAAUGUGUCAUAUUGAUUUUUGUGAUCUAUUAAAAUGAAGGUGGUCCUUUUACCAAAUGAUAAUUUAAAAUGCUAGAUAGUGAGUUUUAUUUUUUUUUAGGCCCAUGACUAUCAUAUUUCCUAAUCUGAUAACUUCUCAAUUAUACUUAUACCUGGUUGUGUAAAAUUUAUGUAACCUUGACAAAUGACAUUCAUAUAAGGAUUCUUGAAAUUGAAUAUUAUUUUCUCACCAACCAAUAUUUAAAGAGAUUUCCUCUGAUUUAUUUUUCUCAUGAUAAUGCCUUAAAGCACAGUCUUUCUUUGAUUCUUCUUUCUG